UCUAGCGCCGCCGUCUGUGUUCGUGUCCAAAAUAAGCACGAGCGCAUCCACCGCGGGUAGCUUAGCCUCCAAAGCUAACCAUGGUGAACGUAAAGAAGCGGAAAGGUCGGGUCGUCAUCGAUUCCGACUCGGAAGACAGCGCCAGCGAUGACAAUUUAGAUCAGGAGCUGCUGAGUUUGGCCAAGAGGAAGCGCGUGGACUCUGAGGAACCGGAGGAACCCGUCAGCAAACCUGCGGCUUCUACGGACUCCGAGACGUCCGACAGCGAUGACGAGUGGACUGUCGGAGGCACCAAGGCCAAGAAAAAGGCGAAGCCCGGUAAAGGACCGGAUAAAAAGAACCCCACCAAGAAGAAAGUGAGCAAAGCGGCUUCCUCAGGGAGCUCAGAUGGAGACAGUUCUGCUGAGAGCUCUGCCCCAGAGGAGGGCGAGGUGUCCGACUCGGAGAGCAACAGCUCCUCCUCUAGCUCGGAUUCAGACUCGUCCUCAGAGGACGAAGUGUUCCGGGACGGAUACGGAGAUGAUCUGAUGGGAGACGAGGAGGACCGGGCACGGCUGGAGCAGAUGACUGAGAAAGAGAGAGAGCAGGAGCUUUUCAACCGUAUUGAGAAGAGAGAGGUGCUCAAACGCAGGUUCGAAAUCAAACAAAAACUAAAGACUGAAAAGAAGAAGGUUAAAGAAGAGAAGAAGAAAAAGAAGCAAGAGGAGGAACAGGAGAAGAAAAAGCAGUCUCAGGUUACAGACACUCAGGUGGUGAUGUCCCAUAAUAAAGAGAGGAGGUCAAAGAGAGACGAGAAGCUGGACAAGAAGUCACAGGCCAUGGAGGAGCUGAAAGCCGAGCGAGAGAAGAAGAAGAACAGAACAGCUGAGCUCCUCACCAAGCGACAGCCUCUAAAGGCCAGCGACGUGUAUUCUGACGACGAGGAGGAGGAAGAGGAAGACGACGACAAGUCCUCAGUAAAGAGCGACCGCAGCUCGAGGUUAUCGUCCUCUGAUGAAGAAGAGGAGAGAGAGGCCACGCCCCCAAAGUCUCAGCCGGUGUCGUUGCCGGAGGAGCUGAACCGCAUCCGUCUUUCACGGCACAAACUGGAGCGCUGGUGUCACAUGCCCUUUUUCGCUAAAACGGUCACCGGGUGCUUCGUCCGAAUUGGCAUCGGCAACUGCAGCAGCAAACCUGUCUACAGGGUGGCUGAGAUCGUAGAUGUGGUGGAAACGGGCAAAGUCUACCAGCUCGGCUCGACGCGAACUAACAAGGGUCUGCAGUUACGACACGGCAACGAUACCCGGGUGUUUCGGCUCGAGUUUGUGUCCAAUCAGGAGUUCACAGAGAGCGAGUUCAUGAAGUGGAAAGAAGCGAUGCACGGUGCAGGAAUGCAGAUUCCCACCCUGGACGAAAUCACUAAAAAGGAGCAGUCUAUCAAAGAAGCCGUCAACUAUAAAUUCAACGACAAAGACAUUGAGGAUAUCGUAAAGGAGAAGGACAGAUUCCGGAAAGCACCUCCGAACUACGCCAUGAAGAAGACGCAGCUUUUCAAAGAAAAGGCAAUGGCGGAGGAGAGUGGUGAUGGUGAUAAGGUGAAGAUGUUGCAGGAUCAGCUGAAUGAGCUGGAAGAGAGAGCUGAAGCAUUAGACAGACAGAGAACUAAAAACAUUUCUGCCAUCAGCUACAUCAACCAGAGGAACCGGAGCUGGAACAUCGUGGAGUCUGAGAAAGCCUUAGUGGCUGAAGGUCAGAACUCCAAAAACCAGCAAAUGGACCCGUUCACCAGGCGGCAGUGCAAACCUACCAUGGUGUCCAAUGCCAGAGACCCAUCAGUCCACGCUGCUAUUCUUGCCCAUCUUAAUCAGAAAUACGGUUCAGGUUCCGGCCAAGACAACUCGCAGCAGGUCAACAAACAGCAGGGUCCGGCAAAUCUGAGGGAUAAAGAUGUCACAAAAACCACCAGCGACCUCUCAGAGGACCUGUUCAAAGUACAUGACUUCGAUGUCAAAAUCGACUUGCAGGUCCCCAGUGCUGAGACAAAGUCCCUGUCUGUGAGCUCCAACUCCCUGCCGGUGAAGGACGGGGCUCCUCGCCGCUCACUCAACCUGGAGGACUACAAGAAGAGACGAGGCCUCAUCUGACGCUCCCGUCUUCCUGCCUUCCCUCCAUUUAACCCCUGCAUGUGUUAGUGAACUGCACCAGGGAGCCCAAGGCUGUCUGUCUCUCUCUUUCUCUCUUACUUAAAUGUCCCUUCUGAGUGUAUGUCAAAGAGAGAGAGAGAUUGUACACAUGUAAACCUUUGUAAGUUUGUGUGAGUGUGUGUGUGUGUGUGUGUGUGUGUGUGUGCGUGUGAGAGAGGAAGAGAGAGAAUGAGCGAGUAUCCAAGACUGUAGUGCGAGACAUCCAUUCGAUGAAACUUCUUGUGCAGUUUGUGUGCACAAGUCAUCUGAAAAUAAAACAAAAUACGAAAAUCCCAUGACAUGUGGCAGCUUUUUGUUUCACCCCCCCCACCCCUUUUUUCCUUUUUUUCUUCCCUCAUAGCCAUACUUAUUGGAGAGAAAUCGUCCACUGGUUAAUUUAUACACGAGCACCUGACAUUCUGCGUGCUGUGUGUACUGUCAUGUUCUUUUUUUUUUUUUUUUUUUGAUGUUCAUCCAAAUCCUGACCGUGAUAUUUAAAUUUAAAAAAUAAAUACUUGGGGGAUUUUUAUGAAACAUUUUUCUUUCUCCUGAAGCUUUUUAAUGUGUGUGUGUGUGUGUGUGGGUGUUUUGAAAGAAGUUUCAAUCUUGGUGUCUUAUUAAGAACACCGUAAGAGACUAUUAAAUGACGUCACUCCUGUAAUGGGCAGAAUCUCUUUAUUGUAUGAAAACUUUUACUUGGUGGAAUUUCUUUUCUUUGUUUUUUUUCCCCCCCUUGUACUUUGGCGGUCAUCGUUCCAUCCAGAGCUGAUUGCUAUGUGAUUCUUAUUAGUUAUUAAUGAUGUCUUCUGCUCAGUUCUCUCUCGUAUUCAUGUGGCAUGCUUUGUAAAUAAGAUUUGGCCAUUUGGGAUGAGUGCGACACCAAUAAAGAAGCACUGUUUCGUA